AUGCCAGCUUACGCAGAUUUCAAUAGAGUGAGACGCCGGCGUUACACGCACACGUUGAUCUCAAUGAUGAUAACGACAGCAGCUGUUCUGCGAAAAGAACCGUUCAGCUACAGCACCUUUGCGAGGCCUAGCUGCCAUGCCAUCCAAAGGAAGCACGAGGGAUGGGAUACUGCCAGGUUGCCCAAGUCUAGACAGGAGAAGUCGAGAGUCAGAGGUCGGGUUCGAAUCACGGACCAUCCGCUCUGUGAAAAGGACUCUGUUCUGAUAUUUUCACUACUCGCUGUGGGCGUCGAAAGUGAGGAAAAUGGUUGUGUAAAAAGGCAGAUUUUACACGAUUCAGGAGAGGCUAUCAUGGUCUACCUUCCUUGCAUGAAUGACCACGAUGACAGGCUAAACAUGAACCAGGUCACUACAUAUCAAAACACACGAGGAAUGGUCUGUGUCCGGGAUCGUCCGUAUGCACAAAGAUUCAAACUUCCGGACCAAAUGAGCCCACGCUGUUUGAAUCAACAAAGAGCGAACAAGACAGAUGUCCACACACAAACACACAUGGAUAACAUAAACAGCUAUGAAUCGAACCGCCGAAAAACAUCAAAAUUCCCACUCCACUCUCUUGGUGCGCUGGACCCAAAUACAGCUUUUAGAAAUGAAGUGAGCUUCCCUACAGAACUGGAAACCAGUGACACAUCGACAAACAUGGGAGCAAAUCGUUCAGCUAUAGCACCCUUCCGGUGCUAUGCUACCGGAAGGAAGCACGAGGGCUGGGAUACUGCCAGGUUGCCCAAGCCUAGACAGGGUAAGUCGAGAGGCAGAGGGUGGGUACUAAGCACGGAUCUUCCGGUGUGGGCGCCCUGGCAGUAUCCCAGCCCUCGUACAACCAUGACCUACACAACUAACAAUAUUCUCAUGCCACAUCGGCCGUCACGUGGUGCCAUCAGCCGGGUCGCCUUACUUGCUUCAUACAGCAGGGCGGCUGGGCAAUUUGAUUGCAAACGUUUCAUCACCAAUCGAGGUGACGUCAUCAGUGCGUUAUUGUGGAGCGUAGUUGUGCGUAGCGGUGAGUUGGUGGUUGUGCCGCUACGCACUACUACGCUCUACAAUAACGCACUGCUGACGUCACCUCGAUUGGUGAUGAAACGUUUGCAAUCAAAUUGCCCAGCUCAGCAAACAAGCCAACGAUCACCGUCUAUCAACAAAUCCCUCACACACCAAGGGUCUACACAACCUGAAAGUGUUUCAUUACAAUCGGACUGUGGUGGAGCGUACAAAGACCGGAAUCGUGCAGCUAUAGCACCCUUUCGGUGCCUAACUGCCAUGCCACAAGAAGGAAGCAUGAGGGCUGGGAUACUGCCAGGUUGCCCAAGCCUAGACAGGGGAAGUGGAGAAGCAGAGGUCGCGUUCGAACCACGCACCUCCUGGUUAACAAAUUCGCGCUCUAACCACCUGAGCCACCUUACCCCCUCAAAGACCGGGAAUAACUUCUAA